CAUACAUCUAUGGCCUAUCCGACACUCACACUACGAUCUCGAUAAGCUCAAAAACAGACGCGACUCUGCUCCCAACCCUUAAUCCAGGGGGGGAUUCGACAUUUCCUCGCGCUCGCGGCAUUCGUCUCUCUCUACCUAUAUAAAUAUAUAUAGGCGUAUGCGAUAGCGGACAAUCGGGAACAAUUCGACGUGAAUUUCGGUGUGAGCGGUGGGUUAUUCGUAGCUUCGUUGUUUUCGGUUUAAUCCGGUUAAGUGAAAUGGCGGGAGUCGACUACCUUGCUGAUGAGCGGAAGACGGCGGAGUUCGAUGUGGAGGCCAUGAAAGUUGUCUGGGACGGUUCGCGGCACAUCUUCGAAGUGUCUGAUCGUAUAUCGAAGCUCGUUGCCAGCGAUCCUGUAUUCAGGAAGGACAACAGGGCUAUGCUUCCAAGAAAGGAGUUGUUCAAGAACACUCUUAGGAAGGCAGCACACGCAUGGAAAAGGAUUAAUGAGCUGCAGCUCUCCCAAGAAGAGGCACUGAAAUUUAGGUUUUUUGUGGAUGAACCUGCUUAUACUGACCUACAUUGGGGAAUGUUUGUGCCAGCCAUAAAAGGGCAGGGUACUGAUGAACAGCAGGAAAAGUGGCUGCCAUUGGCCUAUAAGAUGAAGAUAAUUGGCUGUUAUGCACAAACUGAGCUUGGUCAUGGCUCUAAUGUGCAAGGUCUUGAAACUACCGCGACGUUUGAUCCUAAAACAGAUGAAUUCAUUCUUCAUAGUCCUACUCUGACUUCAAGCAAAUGGUGGCCUGGUGGUCUGGGUAAAGUGUCUACACAUGCUGUUGUGUAUGCUCGUCUCAUUACAGAUGGUGAAGACCAUGGUGUUCAUGGAUUUAUUGUCCAAUUACGAAGUUUGGAGGACCAUAAACCACUUCCUGGAUUAACCAUUGGUGAUAUUGGAACGAAAUUUGGAAAUGGUGGAUACAACACUAUGGACAAUGGAGUGUUGAGGUUUAAUAAUGUUCGUAUUCCAAGAGAUCAGAUGCUGAUGAGGGUUUCACAAGUGACAAGGGAAGGUAAAUAUAAGCAAUCAGAUGUGCCACGGCAGUUGCUUUAUGGGACUAUGGUAUUUGUGCGGCAAACAAUUGUUAGAGAUGCUUCCCAAGCUUUAUCAAGGGCUGUUUGUAUUGCUACCAGGUAUAGUGCUGUACGUAGGCAAUUUGGAUCACAGAAUGGUGGACCUGAAACUCAGGUCCUUGACUACAGAACACAACAAAGCAGACUCUUUCCUUUGCUGGCUUCUGCGUAUGCCUUCAGAUUUGUUAGUCAAUGGCUGAGUUGGCUUUACACAGAUGUGACAGAACGAUCCAAAGUUAAUGACUUUUCAACAUUACCCGAAGCUCAUGCGUGCACUGCUGGAUUGAAGUCUCUGACUACUUCUGUUACUGCUGAUGGAAUUGAAGAAUGCCGAAAACUAUGUGGCGGCCAUGGUUAUCUCUGCAGCAGCGGGCUUCCUGAAUUGUUUGCUGCUUUUGUUCCAGCUUGUACGUAUGAAGGAGACAAUGUUGUCCUACUUCUUCAGGUAGCUAGGUUUCUCGUGAAGACGGUCUCCCAGCUUGGAAUGAAAAAACAGCUAGUUGGCACAGUUGCUUAUAUGGGAAAAAUGGAACAGUUAAUGCAAUGUCGAUGUAAUGUCCAAAAAGCUGAGGACUGGUUAAAGCCUAGUCAAGUAAUAGAAGCAUUUGAGGCAAGAGCUGCUAGAAUGUCUGUUGCCUGUGCUAAAAAUCUUACCAAGUUUGCUAGCCCCGAAGAAGGCUUUGCAGAGCUAUCGGCCGAUUUAGUCGACGCUGCAGUUGCUCACUGCCAACUGAUUAUUGUCUCCAAGUUUCUCGAGAAACUCCAAGAAGACAUUCCCGGGAAAGGCGUGAAGCAGCAACUAGAGACACUUUGCAGCAUAUAUAGUCUCUCCCUUGUACACAAGCAUCAAGGCGAUUUCCUCGCCACCAGCUAUCUCACCCCGAAACAGGCCUCGCUCGCUAACAACCAGCUCCGAGCACUGUUGGCCAAGCUUCGCCCCAAUGCCAUUGCCCUCGUCGACGCUUUCAACUACACGGACCACUUCCUCGGCUCCAUUCUCGGCCGCUACGACGGCAAUGUUUACCCCAAACUGUACGACGCUGCGUGGGAGGACCCUCUGAAUGAAACUGUGGUGCCCGACGGCUACCAUGAAUAUGUACGCCCUGUGCUCAAGCAACAGCUCCAUACUGCAAGAUUGUAGUUGAAGAGGAUCCGUUACAUUUGGAAGAAAUUAAUAAAAGAUAAUGCUGGGACAAGACAGGAGCCCUGCGACUAUUUAUUAGUGUAUUACUGAGGAAUGAAUAAUGGUAAGCUGAAGGGUACUGUACAAUAAAUAGGGAACGCCUGGAUAUGAACUUGUCGGGUCAGGGUCACGGCCGACCCGGACCCGGACCCGGACCCGACUCUGAUUGAAAACCGUGGAUUCUUAGUUUGUCUGAAGAUACGUGUCGAGGUCUGAUCCACCCUCGGGAUACGUGCCUUUGUUUUAUCUAUUGACGAUAGAUCAAUGUUCAACGGUGUAUUUAUUAAUUAAUUUUUGCGUUA